AGUACUGGAGUGGAGUGCCAUAGCCUUCUCUGUUUCCCCAUUAGCUAAGCUUAUUUAUCUCAACAUACUAUUUCUUGAGUCUGUUUUUAAUUUUUAUGCCAUUUCUCAUGUCUGAAAACAUCAUUAUCACUACUUUGAAAUUCUUUUGCAAAGCACUCUCCCUUAAACUGUUUCAUUCAAUAUCCCCGACACUCUGAGGUAGGAAUUAGAUCACUUUACAGAUGAAGAAAUCAACAAGACUUAGUGAACUCAAGUGUCUUGUAACUAGUCAGGUUUUAUUUAUUCAUCAAAUAUUUACUGAGUGCAUGAAGUGAGAUUUAUUAAGGCUGGAUUUGAAAACAAUUUUCCUGAAUUCAAGUCAAGGAUUUAUUCCAUUAUUCUCAACAACUUUAUCACUAGGGUCAUAAACUCAAAGGAAGGAAAUAAUAAUAUUGUAUUGAUUUUAUUGUUGAGAACCCCUGCAAAACAAGUCUCAGAAAAGUCAUUUGUAAACUUCAAGGUAAACACCAGCAAAAGCAGUCUUAUUUGUGCUUGCAACCUGGUGCACAGUUUCAUUGUGGAUGAUUCUACCCAAUAUAUAUUAGAUGUAUUUAUAUCUAAUAACAGAUUUGACUAUUCAAACCGAGUUUCGCCAUUAACUAGCUGCGGAGCCUUCAUUAAGUUACUUAACAUUUUGGCGCUUCAACUUCAUCACCAGUAAAACAGAAAUAAUGCUAAUGCCUUCGGACUAAGUAGUUGUGGAGAUUAAAGCGGUAAAGUAUGAAAACGAAUGCUGGUUGCAGUUCAGUUUCCAACUGCUUUUAAAGAAGUUUUAAUUCUGCAGUCAAGUGACAAAAACAAUGUGCAUAUAGACGUAAAGUUACAAGGUGACCAUUCUAGGAAAGUGCUGUUCUUUAUUCUGAAGUGUAUCUUUACAGUUUUAAAUCCCCUUUUACGGUACUGGCAGCUGUCUUCUUUAACGGCGCACUUAAUCUGGCAUUCCUCAUGCCGCCCUCCAUCCUCCAGCUGUUACUUCCUUAAAAAACAAACAAACCCACGAAAAACUAUCUAUUCUCCUAAAACUCAAAAGCACGCGGACCACAGCAGAGGUCCACAAAGGCUGAAUACGCUAUCUAGGACCCCGCUAGACACCGCUGGACUCUAAAGGGGGCGGGGUCAGAUGGCUCAAGUCUCACCAAGUCGUCGCCCCUUCUCAAUUCUCGCGAGACUUCAAGCAACUAAGCUUCUGCGCAUUAAAGACACUAGGAGCCUAGGAGCCAAGGCGCCAAGGGAGGGGGAGGGGAAGCGGGGGGAGACAGUGCAAACGGCGUGGCCGCCAUCUUGUUUGUACCCCGGCUUAGCGCGCGCUCCGUUCUCCGUGACGCACGCUUCCCCCUCCCCUCCGUCGUGCCCAGGCCUCUGCAUUGCCGGACUCCGCCGGAGCGCGGGGGCGGCUCCUGCUCUUCCCUGGACUUCUGAGCCGAGGCGUAAAGAUUUCCGAGUACAGGAACUCCCACUGGCUCGUAUUAAGAAGAUUAUGAAACUGGAUGAAGAUGUGAAGAUGAUCAGUGCUGAAGCCCCUGUGUUGUUUGCCAAGGCAGCCCAGAUUUUUAUCACAGAGUUGACUCUUCGAGCCUGGAUCCACACAGAGGAUAACAAGCGCCGGACUCUUCAGAGAAAUGAUAUCGCCAUGGCGAUUACAAAAUUUGAUCAGUUUGACUUUCUCAUCGAUAUUGUUCCAAGAGAUGAGCUGAAACCACCGAAGCGUCAGGAGGAGGUGCGCCAGUCUGUGACUCCCGCCGAGCCCGUCCAGUACUACUUCACGCUGGCUCAGCAGCCUACUGCUGUUCAAGUCCAGGGGCAGCAGCAAGGCCAGCAGACCACCAGCUCCACGACCACCAUCCAGCCUGGGCAGAUCAUCAUUGCACAGCCUCAGCAGGGCCAGACCACACCUGUAACCAUGCAAGUUGGAGAAGGUCAGCAGGUGCAGAUUGUCCAGGCCCAGCCACAAGGCCAAGCCCAGCAGGCCCAGAGCGGCGCUGGGCAGACCAUGCAGGUGAUGCAGCAGAUCAUCACGAACACGGGAGAGAUCCAGCAGAUCCCGGUGCAGCUGAACGCCGGCCAGCUGCAGUAUAUCCGCUUAGCCCAGCCUGUAUCAGGCACCCAAGUCGUACAAGGACAGAUCCAGACGCUUGCCACCAAUGCUCAACAGAUCACUCAGACAGAGGUCCAGCAAGGACAACAGCAGUUCAGCCAGUUCACGGAUGGACAGCAGCUCUACCAGAUCCAGCAAGUCACCAUGCCUGCUGGCCAGGACCUCGCCCAGCCCAUGUUCAUCCAGUCAGCCAACCAGCCCUCCGACGGGCAGGCCCCCCAGGUGACCGGUGACUGAGGGCCUGAGCUGGCAAGGCCAAGGACACCCAACACAAUUUUUGCCAUACAGCCCCAGGCGAUGGGCACCACCUCCCUCCCCAGAGGACCCCGCUGACCUCCGUGCCUCCUGCAGGCUAGGACACUGGUGCACAACGCCCUGAGCCUGGGGGCCGAGAUUCUCCAACAGAAAGAUGCAAUAUUUUUUAUUUCCUUUUUUCUCAUUUUUAUUUUCUCCAAGGAAUCAAUAUUUCAAUAUGUUGAGCUGUGUGUCCAAUGCUAUGAAAUGAAAAUAUUAAAUAACAUAUUUAUGGCAUUUUCUCAGAGUGUGGUUAAGAAAUAUUUCUUUUGUUUUACUUUUUUGGGUUCUUACCGCCACUUCUUUUAGGAGCAGAUUUCCCCAGGGGUGUGUGUAUCUCCUGACUCUUAGAACAGCCGCUGCCCCAGGAUUCGCCACCAUGUUCUGCCCUCAGGUGAAAUUAGGUGACAUGUGUAGCUUCCUUUCCACUAGUGCUCUUCUCCCUGGGCCCUGCUCCUGCCCCAGAGCUCUGUGGAUUUUCCUCCAGAGGCCGUGGGAACAUUCCUUGCAUUUAUAAGACUCAUUUGCCAUGGAGAGUGGAUGGUUUCAUUCCCAAACCCUUCUUUUCCAGGGACCCAAGGAGACUAGAACUUUGUGCAUACCCCUCCACCCCCCGUUUUCAACUUUAUUUUAUUUUUAAAUGCAUUAAAAAUUGUGCUAGUCUCCUUUGCUGCAUGGACUUCAAACUGCAUGAAAUGCAAUAAAUCUCAUUUUAGAUAA